AUGCCUAGCGUUAACGUGAAAAUAAACGCCUGUGACUCCAAAACGUUACAAAAAAGAAGAAAUAGAACGGCGAUAACCUGUCAGCAAAAAAGUAUUCUGCAACGAGAGUUUGCAAAAUCAAAUUAUUUGUCACCAACGGCUCGUCACGAUUUAGCAAAAAAAUUGGGUUUGACGGAGCCCGAGAUAACGACGUGGUACCAAAACCGUCGAUAUUUGUUAAAAAAGGCAAGCAAAAAGGACUCGGAGUUGGAUGCGCAUCCGGUGCUUUUGCCCCAAAAACAACCUGCACCAAGCUCGCUCGAAAAGCAACAAACAUCGCAACAACAGCAGUACAACCCGAUCGAGUUGCAACAAGAGAAUCCGGACACGGCCAAUUUAGCAACACAUGGUUACCACAUUGCUUAUAAUUUGCCAACCGAUUCCUCAAACACGAGCAAUAGCUGGGCAAGUAAUAGCUCUAACGAAGAUAGAGUUAAUAAUCAGAACGGAACGUGUGCGCCAGUGCUAAAUCAACAGAUACUCCAAGAAACAAACGAUCUGCUGGAUGACAUUAAUGAGAUAAUCAUGAGGGAGUGCAAUAAUUUAAAUUUAUAUUGGUAG